CGAAUCGCAGUCCCAAAGUGUGACAGAAUAGUUUCGCGGAGAGAUAUAGAAUUAAACUAGUUUAUAACGAUUAUGUAAAUGAGAUUUUACGCUGACCGCGCGAUUUUGGGAUGGCCUAGCAUUGGCGAGGAGUAAUGUCAAGCUUUACCUUGCCUCAAAUCUGUUCGGCAAAAAAGAUUUGAUCAUACGUUUUCUGAAGCUUUACCUGUAGUUAAACUAUAGGAUGAACUCAAAGGAAGAAAACGAUCGAAACGAUGCAGAGCCCAGAAUUGAUAGAAGUAUAGAAACGAAUGACAAUUUGUCAUUCGAUCAAUCUGCUAAACCAUGCAAGACGACCAAACUCCAAAACAGAAUGUCUAAUGAACAGUUUAAAGUGAACAAUAACAUUGGAGACGUUCAAUGUUCUUCCCCAUUUAAACCUCCGAUAAUGUUGACGAAUGGGGUACAAGAGAUGCCAAGCAAUGCAGCCGAGUUUUACCUGAACUCGUCAGCCAUUGAUAUGAGAGCCGAUACGUCAAAUCCAAAUUCUACAUCCUUAUUUACGAGCACUCAGCCUACUAAAUUUCUACCAUUGAAUACUAAUGCUUCUAGUGAGUCCAAGUACAAGAUUGUUGCAAGUACAAAUCCUUCCGUGAAUUCAAAUUCUCUUAACGCGUAUUCGACCCUAUCUCCUAUUCGGUCAAACAUACCUGUAGAACAGUCCAAUGUAUCAGUUCCUCAGGGAUCUCUUGAUACAAGUUCACACUUGCAUUCUCCAUCACCCUUGAAUUCAUCCAUUGUGUUUCAAAGUUCAAUGACUAAUCCCUCAAUGGAAGAUACAGAUAUGCAAAAUAAUGUUGAUUAUGUUCCCAAAGUGGAGAAGUGUCCACCAAAAGUAUCAUGUAGCUCGGAUUCGAGCCCAGAAGUAGAUCCCACAUGGACAUCGAAUUCUUAUAAGCCCAAGUGUAUUUUAAACAAUAUCAGUGGUAGCAUAGGUUCAACCAGUCAGGGCACUUGUCGUUUUUUAAGGCCUAAUAUUAAUGGAAAUAAAGAAGUUGCCGGUCCUAGUGGAAUGCAAAAGGUUUCCCAUAGGGAGCAGGAAAGGCGUGAUUCAAGUUCUGGCAAUGAAGGAGAUAUGUCCGAUGGCGAAGAUUACUGUAUUUAUACAUAUAAAGGAAAUGAUGAUAGCAUUUGCUUAGAUAUUAAACAGCAGCAACGGCAGGAGCAAAUAGAAGUACACGAAGUAGAUGGACAACAUCAUAGCGAUAGAUCUAGCCCAGAAAUGGACUUUCUGGAAAUGGAUUUUGAUCCUGGUCCUUCGUGUGAACAGGACACAGGUGACAGUGAUUUGGCUUCGAUUAACGAAGAUGUACAAAAUAUAGCAUUAGAUAAUGUCGAAGCUGAUGCAGUGUCAUUAAAUGAUUUAAGUAGUGGAAGGGUUGUAUCUAGACAAAGUCUUUCAUCUUCUACUCAGAAUAAACAGGAGAGUUCAAAAGAUGUUAAUCAUGAAACCAAUCAUUUGGGCACUGAUAUGGAAAGCAGACCUGAUGAAGGUGUAAAUCAAACUAACUCGCUUUCUAGAUCUUUAUGGAUCCCAAGUACGAGUACUGGAAUCAGACGAUGGGAGGCAACUGGUCUUUACCGCACCAGUGGAUGUCCACUACGAGAGUCCCAUGGACACCAUAAUACAAAUGGUGAUUUGAUUUCACCGAGUGAUAGCAGAGACACAGAUGCUGAACUGUGGGCAGAUUCCUCAACAGUAUCCGUUCCAGAGAGUUCAAAUUUAAAUUCCAGGAAAAAUAAUUUGAGUUCAACUCUGUACCAUCGUAUGAUGGCCAAGAAACUGAUGCUCAAUAAGCAAGCAGCUUUCAACCAAAGUGGUGAUUCUAACCUGGAAACUGAUUUAUGUAAUGAAAGGUUAGAUGGACUUCUACCAGUUGAAAAAGUAAUGUUAUGGAAUGAACAGGAAGCAACAGUAAAACAAGUAACUCAAAUAGCAACUUCAGCUUGUGGUGCAACAGCUGCCAUUAAUGCUCUUCUGGCUUUGAAUAUUGCCUUUUCUCUAGAAGUAUUAGUUCGAGGAGUGGCAACUAGGUUAAGGGAACCAGGCACACCGCUUCCACGAUAUCUUGUUAGUAGAUCUUUAGCAGGUUCAACACAUAAAGAUUUGGCAAGAGGUAUAUCUUUAGCAACAAGUGGUGCAGCUAUAACAAAAUUUUUUGCCUUUUAUCCGGAACGAAAGGUUUCUCUAUCACAUUGGCUUCAUUAUUGGAUUUCUCGAGGUGCGGCACCAAUUGCCACUUUAAAUUUACAACAUUGUGGUGAAGGUAAUGACAUUCCUGAUGCUUGGCACCAUCAAAUGAUAUUUGGAGUCGGUCCAGGAGGAAUCUAUUUGACAAACCCUGUUCAGUGUCUUCCCGAACAGGUUGUUUGGCACCAACUUGUCAAUCCCAGUGUUCUCUUGGUACGACGAGCUGAUGUUUUAGCUCACUGGAAUUCGACAACUGAUUUGACUCCCCUCACUUUGCUCAAUCAAAGAUGGCGAAAGCUUAAUGUGCUUGGACAAGUUGUGAAUAUGGUAAGGGAGACGAUGUGGAUGAGACAGCAGCCCGCUGUGUCUAUGUCUUAUACAACACAUAUUCGCAUUCCUGCAUCAUAUGAAGCGGGCAUAACGUUAGUAAUGAGUUCAGAAGCUCCUGCUGCUACAGAAUUAAUGCUCGCUGAGCAAUUACCAUUACUCUAGUCUCAUUGAUUGAAACAAGUGAAAUGAUUGGCUGCGUUGUUUGAAUUACUACAAGCAACUGUGGUUACAACUGGCUGGUCCGCACAACGUUGCAUACAACGUUCAGUUAAUUAUGUCACGAAUUAAGGUUUGAACAGUGAAAAAUAAUGUGCAUCUUACUAAUGUAAAUAUUUAUAAUUUUCAAUUGCUCGAUAGUGUUUCCGGUCUGUAUAAACAGGCGCAAAUCGACUGACGUUAUUUCACGACUGUUUAUUUUCGACAUAUUCACUUGAGAUAAGAAUUUUUUGUGAUUUCUAAUGGGAAAGAUCGCGAUUGGUAUGAAUUGUUUAACAUGAAUUAAAACUGAUCAAAUUUGUGUCAUCUAAUUUUCAAACGUUUUUUCAACUGUUGAUACUAUACACAACUUUUUUUAAAACAUUGUGGGCAUAAUUUUUCAGAGUUUAUAGGAUGCAUGACUCAUGUUAAAUUCUUAGAAUUAAUCGCAGAGUUAUUUUUGUAGUUACGAUUUAUACGUGUGAAAGGUACAGCAUUCAUUCGAUCUUUUCAUGGAAGUGUAUGUAAACAUGGCAAGUUGUGCUGGUCAUCGCUCGCGUAAUUAUUAUAUCCUACUUAAUAAGUGGGAUGUGAUAGAAUCCGUUCUGUUUUAUCUGAAUUUAUGUUAAUUCUAAGAUUCAGUAAGAAAGAGAAAAAAAAGUAUAGUAGUGGAAAAUCGAUACAAAAUCAAUAAUACUGUAAAAGUUUGGGAAGCGUGUCAAGUGAUGUCAUAUUUGAUGUUAUUACAGAUGGCCCAAGUAGCUAUUCAAAAACUAUGUAACAGAUAUUGUACAGAAGACUAUAGGUAUUCAUGUAUGUAUCACGUUGCUUGAUAAGUGCGUAACUAAAAUAAAAUUAAUUGAAUGCAUUAGUCUGAAGAAAUAUAAUUAGAUUGUUGUGCCUUGCAUCUUGCUACAGGACAUUAUUGAGAAUUGGUAAUAACUUUUACGUUGUAUGUAAUUGAUUUGAUCGUAUACAUGUUCGCAUACGAAUGUAGGAUCGAAUAACAGAACGAAGUAAUUACCGUGUAAUUACAUUAGGCACUCUUUCUACAAGUAUGCUUCGAACAUCCUCGUAUCAUAAAAUCCAUAAGAGCAAUACAAAUGUAUUCUUAUAUCGAUAAAUCGAUUUCUUUAUGA